AUGAUUAAACCGUCAUCUCCAACUCCCGAGCACCUUAGAAACCUAAAGUUAUCGCUUCUUGAUCAAAUGGCACCACCCAUUUAUGUUCCCCUCAUUUUCUUCUAUCAAUUUGAUGAAUUGUGCUUCAAUAUGGUCGGUCGUGCCAACAAAUCCCAAUUGCUAAAACAGUCCUUAUCCGACACCCUAACGAUGUUUUAUCCAUUAGCAGGAAGGAUUCAAGAAAAUUCCUUCAUUGAUUGUAAUGAUUCCGGUGUUGAGUUCGUUGAAGCUCGAGUUCAUGCUCGUCUCUCAGAUGUUAUAAGUGAGCCUAACAUGGAAGAAUUGAAGAAAUUCCUCGCGGUGAAUCCUAUUGGAAUUGGCAUUGCCACCCUCUUGGCAGUGCAAAUCAAUUUCUUCGACUGUGGAGGGAUUGCCAUAGGCGUGUGUUUGUCACAUAAAAUAGCCGAUGGCACGUCCCUAGUCGAGUUCAUCAAUGCUUGGGCAGCCACGUGCCGGGGUGAAGUCAAAAUUAGUCAACCUUACUUCGAUUUGGCACGUAUUUUUCCACCUAGAGACUUGUCUGGCUCUAGUUUCACACCAAAUACUGGCAUGACAAAAGAAAAGAUUGUUACAAAAAGAUUUGUCUUCGACAAAGAAAAACUGGCUAUGCUCAAAGAAUUCGCUGGAGAUGGAUCACAAGUGAGAAAUCCUACUAGGGUCGAAGCAGUCACAGCUUUUAUUUGGAAAAAAUUCAUGGAGGUUAUGAAAAAUAAGAUGCACGAGAAGAAAAUGUUUGCUGCAGUUCAUGCAGUGAACUUGAGGCCAAGAGUAAGCCCACCACUUUCAGAAAAAGCUUUUGGAAAUUGUUGGAGGCCUACGAUUGCAUUUCUAUCCACGUCUGAGGAUGAUAACAACGAAUGUUCUGAUCUUGUACCGGUGCUGAGGAGCGCGAUAAAAAAAAUCAAUGGUGAUUUUAUCAAACAAGUGCAGGACGGGCAGUAUUUGAACCAAUUGUGUAAAUCAGUGGAUAUAUUCUUGAAGGGAGAUGUAGAACAUUAUAAUUUUAGCAGUUGGUGUAGAUUUCCUGUGUAUGAGGUGGACUAUGGUUGGGGCAGGCCGUGUUGGGUGUGCACGACGACGUUGCCAUUCAAGAACGUAGUGAUUUUGAUGAGUACACCAUGUGGGAAUGGCAUUGAAGCAUGGGUAAACUUGCUAGAAGAAGACAUAUCUACUUUUAAAUUAUAA